AUGCGACAUGACAACAACAAGAAACGGAACAAGGCUGUUGUUGGAUCAGGAGUGCUCGCCGCCAAUUCGCGCCGGUCGAUCUUUGCCGCAUACACAGUUGCACUCUGUCAGAACCGAUAUACUCACCGAUACCCAUCUCUUGUCCCUCCAUACUCACAGAUGAAGCUCAACGUUGCUAACCCGGCCACGGGUGCCCAGAAGUCUUUCGACAUCCAGGAUGAGCGUCUCGUGCGAUGCUUCUACGAGAAGCGCAUGUCGCAGGACGUCGAGGUCGACUCGCUCGGCGAAGAGUGGAAGGGCUACGUUCUCCGCAUCGGCGGUGGUAACGACAAGCAGGGUUUCCCCAUGAAGCAGGGUGUCCUCCUCCCCAACCGUGUCCGCCUCCUCCUCUCCAAGGGUGACUCGUGCUACCGCCCCCGCCGCACCGGUGAGCGUAAGCGCAAGUCGGUUCGUGGCUGCAUCGUCGGCUCCGACAUCCAGGCUCUCCACCUCAUCGUCGUCAAGCAGGGCGAGAAGGAGAUUCCCGGCCUCACCGACGCCGAGUCCGCUGUCCCCAAGCGUCUCGGUCCCAAGCGUGCCAACCACAUCCGCAAGUUCUUCAACCUCUCCAAGGAGGACGACGUUCGUCAGUUUGUUGUUCGCCGCGAGGUUGUCUCGAAGAAGGAGGGUGCCAAGCCAUACACCAAGGCCCCCAAGAUCCAGCGUCUCGUGACCGCCCAGCGUCUGCAGCGCAAGCGUCACCUGCGCUCGCUCAAGAUCCGCAGGGCAGAGCACCAGAAGAUCCAGAAGGAGGAGUACGAGCAGGUGCUUGCCAAGCGCGUCGCCGAGAAGAAGCAGGAGGUUGCCUCCCACAAGGCUGCCCGCAAGGCCGCCAAGAAGACACGGCUCCUUCUCUCGACUCGCCACGUCCGUCCGCGCAUCGUCCCCUCGUAUCGGAACUUGCGGACCAAGCAUCUCGACAGCGGUCGCAGUGUAUUUCCUCGACCCUGGACACGAACGACAGACUCCAGUGAAGGAGAGUCGGGCGACCCCAUUGAGAGCUCAGCUGCCAUGUCAACCUUCUUCCAGAAGCAGCAGCAGGUGGCUGCGCUCGACCCGCGUCUCGGAGGUCUCAUGGCCAGCGCGGGUCUCUACAACCUAAAAGCACUCAUCAAAGCUAUCCGGUCGUGCAAGACGCUGGCCGACGAGCGCUCACUCAUCCAAAAGGAAUCCGCCUCCAUCCGAACAGCCUUCAAAGAUGAGGAUCCCUUCGCACGUCACAACAACAUCGCCAAGCUGCUCUACAUCCACAUGCUCGGCUACCCUGCGCAUUUCGGUCAGAUCGAGUGUCUCAAGCUCGUAGCGACGCCGCGCUUCACAGACAAGCGUCUCGGCUACCUCGGCAUCAUGCUGCUGCUCGACGAAAACACCGAAGUCUUGACGCUCGUCACCAACGGUCUCAAGAACGAUAUGGAGCAUUCCAACAUGUACGUGUGCGGUCUCGCACUCUGCACUUUCGCCAACAUCGCGUCCGAGGAGAUGUCGAGAGAUCUGUGCAACGAGAUCGAGAAGCUCAUGGGCAGCAGCAACACGUAUAUCCGUCGAAAGGCCGCCAUCUGUGCCAUGCGCAUCGUGCGCAAGGUGCCGGAUCUCAUCGAUCACUUUGUCGACCGCACAAAGCAGCUGCUGUCGGACAAGAACCACGGUGUGUUGCUCUGCGCGGUGACGCUGGCCAUCGAGAUCUGCCGUCAGGACGACGAAGCGUUGCAGGAGUACCGGCGUGCGGUGCCACUGCUCGUCCAACAUCUCAAAUCGCUCGUCACUACCGGAUAUUCGCCCGAGCACGAUGUAUCUGGUAUCACCGAUCCGUUCCUCCAAGUCAAGAUCCUGCGUCUGCUUCGCAUCCUCGGUAAGGAGAAUGCGCAGGCGUCCGAGGUCAUGAACGACAUCCUGGCGCAAGUCGCUACCAACACCGAGGCGAGCAAAAACGUCGGCAACAGCAUUCUCUACGAGACGGUGCUCACCAUCCUCGAGAUCGACGCAGACAACGGCUUGCGCGUCAUGGCCAUCAACAUCCUCGGUAAAUUCCUCAGCAACCGCGACAAUAACAUCCGCUAUGUCGCCCUCAACACGCUAAGCAAGGUCGUAUCCAUGGACACCAACGCCGUACAGCGUCAUCGAAACAUCAUCCUGGACUGUCUGCGCGAUGGCGACAUUUCGAUUCGACGCAGAGCGUUGGAGUUGAGCUAUGCGCUGAUCAACGAGAGCAACGUACGCGUGCUGACUCGCGAGCUGCUGUCGUUCCUCGAAGUGGCGGAUAACGAGUUCAAGUUGGGCAUGACUACGCAGAUCUGCCUUGCUGCCGAGAAGUUUGCGCCGAACAAGCGAUGGCACAUCGACACGGUGCUGCGCGUGCUCAAGCUGGCCGGCAACUAUGUGCGCGAGGAGAUCCUCUCUGCCUUCAUCCGUCUGGUGUGCCACACUCCCGAGCUGCAGGCGUAUACGGUGCAGAAGCUGUUCUCUGCGCUUCACGGGGACUUCUCGCAGGAGAGCCUUACGCUCGCCGCUGUGUGGGUGAUCGGCGAGUUCGGCGACGUCUUGAUCCAGGGAGGCAACUUUGAAGACGAAGAGCUGGUACGCGAGGUUCAGCCUGCCGAUGUGGUGGAUCUACUCUCGUCGGUUCUCGACAGCCCUUACGUCAAUGGGCUGAUCCGACAGUUCGUGCUCACGUCGUUGGCGAAGCUGCACACCAGGCUGUCGGACGCAUCGCAACAAUCGCGCAUCGAGCAGAUCAUCGGUAGCUUCGAGAGCAGCGUCGAGGUGGAGAUCCAGCAGCGCAGCGUCGAGUUUGCGACAUUGCUCAAGAGGGGCGAUAUCCGUGAGGGGGUGUUGGAGAGCAUGCCUCCACCGGAGAUCAAGCAGACCGUGCUGGGUACGGUGAGCGAGGCAAAGCCGGUGGGUUCGACGAGGUCGGAUAAGGAUGCGCUGUUGGAUCUGAUGGGUGAUGAGAUGCCGGUGGCGAGUGGUGGUGCGGGUGCGGGGAGUGGAGCGACGGGUGCGACGCAGCAGAGCACGCAUGAUCUGUUGGCGGAUAUCUUUGGUGGUGGUAGCGAGCUGGGUGGUGCACCGGCGCCAGCGGCUUCGGCAACUGCACCAGCGCAGAAAGCCAAGAGUUCGGUGAACGAUAUUCUCGGACUGUUUGGCGAUAGUGGAAGUUCGGCUGCUGCGCCACCGCAGCAAGCGGCGACGCCUGCACCUGCCGCUGUGGCUCCUGCAUCAUCGUACGGCGGACUCGACCUGCUCGGCGGUCUAGACAGCAGCACAUCCUCUACCCCAGCCGCUCCCUCCCCCGCUCCGGCCUCCGCUCCCACCCCCAAAUCACACACAGUCUACACCGCGCACAACCUAACCAUCACCCUCACCCCCACCACCAACCCCGCCCGUCCCGAAAUCAUCAACAUCACCGCCCGCUUCUCCUCCUCCUCCUCCUCCACCAUCUCCAACAUCAACUUCCAAGCCGCAGUACCCAAAACGCACAAGCUGCAGAUGCAAGCCAUCUCCAACCCGACCGUUCAACCUGGAGCUACAGAGACUCAGGCACUCAGAGUCAUGGUUCCCCCUGGUGCGGGUGCAAGGUUGAGGUUGAGAAUCUCGUUCGAAAAGGAUGGAGAGACGGUGCAGGAUCAGAUGGAUUGGAGUCAGAGUGCGUAG